AUGGCGAUGCCACAUAACCUCGCACAUCGCCAGAAUGAAGCUGUAAACUCAGCAAUAAUCACGGAGAAAUACCCUCCUUUAACGCCAACAGGCGCCUCUCUCGUGGCCGCGACCUCAGUUAUGCUCAUUCUGACAACAUGUUGGACAGCCUUUCGCAUAUGGGCAAGGAGGAUCACCAAAAUAUCUUACCUCACUGAGGAUUACCUCUACUUUGCUGCUCAGUCAUUGUACUAUGGCGCUUCUGCGUGCUUUAUCCUCGCGGUUACUGUUGGUGGCGAAGGACAUGACAUAUGGAACUUAAGUGAAGAUCACAAACAUCACUACUUCCGUAUCUCGCUCGCUACCCAGGUCCUGUAUGCUGUCACUCUAGGGUUCGUCAAAUUGAGCAUCACUUGGAUGCUGCAGCGCAUCUUCUUUGGGCACUCUACAACCUUCCGCUUCCUUGCAUGGCUAGCUAUGGGCCUGUCUAUCUGCUGGGCUCUUUACACUGCGUUGAUUGGGUUCGUCAUCUGCCAGCCGGUUCAGAUGGCCUGGGAUCCUAGCGUAUUGGGGACUUGUGGCAACCACACCAUGGCCUAUUCAGCUGUAGCCAUUUUUGACAUUGUCACUGAUGUGUUCAUUGUCGCUUUGCCAAUAAAGUUCGUCGCUCAGCUUCAGGUCAGAAGGGCGCACAAGAUCGCCUUGUACGGCGUUUUCUGUGCUGGCUUUAUAACAAUCGUCUUCUCUUGCGUACGACUUUACUAUGCCUACAAUAUCGACUUCAUAAACAUCACUAAAGGCUUCGCGGUAGCCAGCGUAAGCGGCGUCAUGCAAGCCGGUAUCGCGGUGAUGGUUGCUUCAAGUCCCAUGCUUCGCCCAGUUUUCGAUCGCACGGUAGGGCGAAUCCUCGGCUUGAGCUUGCAAAGUCAGCGACGCGGCACCGGUCCAACAUCCAACGCCACGGCGGGCGCCACGGGGUCGAGCACGGCUGGACUUCACAACAAGCACAAUGUUCGCAGCGAUGGGUUCAAGCAAAUGUCGGAUAGUGAGGAACACCUUGCGUGGGAACUGCGAAAUAUGAAGGCUACCGGACGACGGGAAAGUCACAAUAUCGGGACCACGACCACCCACGUCAACGCGCGUACUUCGGACGACAGCACCACCGAGGAUGAAAGGGGGUUUGCGGGAUCACGGCAGGGCCAAAUUCUGGUUACAAAGACCACUGAGAUCACUCGAUAG